UACACAGAUAUCGAUGAAUGUAGCAACGGCAGCCAUGAUUGCCACCAAAAUGCAACUUGCAUAAAUACCCCUGGACACUUUAAUUGCAAUUGUCAGCAAGGAUUCGCCGGAGAUGGUCACCAGUGUUAUGGUAUGAUUCAGUUACAGCGGAAAGUUCACUUAAACUUGGAAUCGUGAUAAUUCUUAAAUACGGCAGAUGCAUGCGAACAAAGCAAGACAACCACAAUCGGAACCAACAUCUGUAUCUUGUAUUUAUGCAGCUAAAAAGAAUUUCGCAACAAACACGGAAAUGUCUUGUAUUGUCUAGCUUGAAAGAAUUUCGGAUGAGGCCAGAGUUCGUACCAUCAUGAUACAGAGAAUAUUAUACGGUGGCGCGAAGAUAUGAAUUUUAUUUUGAAGUGGCAAAACAAUAUUUUACCAACAAGCGCAGCGAGUGAGUAAAAUAUUGUUUGUGCCACGAGAAAAUAACACUCAUAUCUUCAGGCCGCCACCGUGUAAUGUUCUUUUUAUUAUAUAGACAAAAAGACAUGGAUAAAAUAAUAGCUUUUUAUUCGCCAAAAAGUAAUUGUGACGGCUCAAAUUUAAAGUACAGUAAUAUAAAACAUUGCUUACAAUAAUCAUGAGAAAUUUCACUAAGCUGAAUAGGGCUCUACUCAAGGGGUUUAAGGCAUGGGUCUAAGGUGGGUUCUGAGCAUAAGAAUGAUUGGCAAUAUCUCUCGCUAGGAGACCUAGAACCAAAUGAAUUUUUCCCCAAAAGAAUAUCUUGAGGUUUUCUUGUGCCUUAACGUUUAAUUAUGGUCAAGUGGCAUGUCACAUGACCAAAAAUUGAAAAUGAAGGAAAUUGGCGAAUUGGUGGCGAAUUUACUUUGUUAGGCAAAACAAAUUGGUAUUUCUGAAAGAGGAUAAACAAACCUAACUUUCUACGUUUGGAAUGAAUGUACCCGAAGUUUAAAAUUAAAGUUUUAAAUAAUUCAAGAUUAAAUUUGGGCAUUUAAAAAGAUAUCUUUCCUCAUAAUUUUUUAUUGAAGUUCAAUGGACGGUCAUUCCAGACGUGAAGUCUUAGAAAUAUUUAAUAUGAAUUAGAAAAAUGUUAUUGCUCAAUUUGUUUUCUUAAACCGGCCACCAAUUGCUCAAUAAUUUAAGAUUUUUAGCUGAAUGGUCACGUGACAUACCUCGUGACCUAUGAACACAAUGUUUCUACUUUAAAAUGUUAAGGACGAUGAGUUCUUUAUAUGUGCCAAAUUUUGACCCAGCGCCAUCAUCUAUGUCAAAGUUAUAGCCAAUAAUUCAUUUUUCACAGGUAAACCCAUCAGUCCUAGGCCUUAAACUACUUGAGUACAAAUAUUAUGACAAAAAUGAUAAGCAGCCUUGAAAAAUGUGUAAGUAAAAUUCAAAAAAUGAUACGUAAUAAAAUUUCCGUGGGUAAUUACCGAAAUUACGUCUCACUCACGUGUGAGAUUAUGGAGAAUUAACCACUCGGGUCCCGGAUGUAGUUUUUAUUUUUCAAUGUUACGAGUGGUAUAUUUUCCAGUAAAACACUCGUGUCUACAUAAUAAGAAAUGAUAAUUCACUCUUUCACAUUUAUUAAAUUUCUCUUUUUAAAUUAUUUUUGUUUUGUUCUGUUUUUUUCUCUCUAAUCCAAGAUGAGUUUCCCGUCCAAUUCAUUUCGUAAUUUGUUUCUUCGUUGUCACGGAUUAAAUUUAGUUUACCUGAAUUUCCACAAAUUGUUCUUUCUCACUUUCUUACACAGAUAUCGAUGAAUGUAGCAACGGCAGCCAUGAUUGCCACCAAAAUGCAACUUGCAUAAAUACCCCUGGACACUUUAAUUGCAAUUGUCAGCAAGGAUUCGCCGGAGAUGGUCACCAGUGUUAUGGUAUGAUUCAGUUACAGCGGAAAGUUCACUUAAACUUGGAAUCGUGAUAAUUCUUAAAUACGGCAGAUGCAUGCGAACAAAGCAAGACAACCACAAUCGGAACCAACAUCUGUAUCUUGUAUUUAUGCAGCUAAAAAGAAUUUCGCAACAAACACGGAAAUGUCUUGUAUUGUCUAGCUUGAAAGAAUUUCGGAUGAGGCCAGAGUUCGUACCAUCAUGAUAUAGAGAAUAUUAUACGGUGGCGCGAAGAUAUGAAUUUUAUUUUGAAGUGGCAAAACAAUAUUUUACCAACGAGUGCAGCGAGUGAGUAAAAUAUUGUCUCUGCCAAGAGAAAAUAACAUUCAUAUCUUCAGGCCACCGCCGUAUAAUAUUCUCUAUAUCAUGAUGGUGUGAACUCNCGGAUGUAGUUUUUUUUUUUUUCAAUGUUACGAGUGGUAUAUUUUCCAGUAAAACACUCGUGUCUAUAUAAUAAGAAAUGAUAAUUCACUCUUUCACAUUUAUUAAAUUUCGCUUUUUUAAUUAUUUUUGUUUUGUUCUGUUUUUUUCUCUCUAAUCCAAGAUGAGUUUCCCGUCCAAUUCAUUUCGUAAUUUGUUUCUUCGUUGUCACGGAUUAAAUUUAGUUUACCUGAAUUUCCACAAAUUGUUCUUUCUCACUUUCUUACACAGAUAUCGAUGAAUGUAGCAACGGCAGCCAUGAUUGCCACCAAAUGGCAACUUGCAUAAAUACCCCUGGACACUUUAAUUGCAAUUGUCAGCAAGGAUUCGCUGGAGAUGGUCACCAGUGUUAUGGUAUGAUUCACUUACAGCGGAAAGUUCACUUAAACUUGGAAUCGUGA